AUUCCAAAAUCUAACCAAUUGGUUUACUCAAUUACUCUCCAAACUCAUUUCUUGUUUCUUCAUUCCUCGAAAUUCAAUCAACCUAUACAUACAAAUCAUAUGCUUGCAAAACAAUCCCCAAUUAUCAUUUCUAGGGUUUCAAAAAUGCAAGAAUCUCAAUCAAGCUUUCUCAAUCAAUGGCGCCUCAACGCCACGUCAUCGCCGCCCGAUCUCGCCGACGACGACGCUGAGUCGGCGCCGAGCGAACUCGACACAUUCCACAGUUCCGGCAUGUUCUCGAUUGUGUUUCCGGAUAAGUUGACGGUGAAGUAUCCGAGUGCGCAGCUUCACGGCCAUGACGUUGGCGUGGUGCAGGCGAAUAAACCGGCGCCGGUGAAGAGGCUGGUGUAUUAUUUCGAGAUGUUUGUGAAGAAUGCGGGAGUGAAAGGCCAGGUUGCGAUCGGGUUUACCACGGAGGGGUUUAAAGGCAAGAUGCGGAGACAGCCGGGAUGGGAGGCAAACAGUUAUGGGUAUCACGGGGAUGAUGGCUAUCUUUAUCGUGGUCAAGGGAAGGGAGAGGAAUUUGGCCCAACCUAUACUGUUAAUGAUACAGUUGGUGGUGGUAUCAAUUAUGCUUCCCAAAAGUUCUUUUUCACGAAGAAUGGGGAAAUGGUAGGAGAGGUUUGCAAGGAGGUGAAAGGUCGGUUAUAUCCUACCAUUGCUGUACACAGCCAGAAUGAAGAGGUGAGUGUCAACUUUGGCAAAGAACCAUUUGUCUUUGAUCUGAAGGCAUACGAGGAGCAAGAGAGAGCAAAGCAGCAGAUGACAAUUGAAAAAAUAGUAAUACCACAAAAUGCCAGUAACAGAAUUGUCCGUUCCUACUUGCUGCAUUAUGGUUAUGAAGAGACACUUCAACUAUUUGAUGAUGCUAGUGGAAGUUCUGUCCCUCCUAUAUCCCUGACUCAAGAAAAUGGCUUCGAUGAUCACGACAAGCUUUUCCGAUUGACGGAAAGACGGAUUUUACGUCAGCUCAUUAGGCAUGGUAAGAUUGAUGAGGCUUUUGCUAAACUUCGAGAGGCUUUUCCUCAAGAAUUUCAGGACGACACCUCAGCUACUUGUUUUCUGCUUCAUUGUCAGAAAUUCAUUGAGCUGGUUCGGGAAGCAAAUCUGGAGGAAGCUAUCUUUUAUGGAAGGAGUGCAUUUGAAAAGUUCUAUGAGUUUGAAGAAUAUAAAGAUCUUCUUAAGGACUGUUCUGCUCUGUUAGUAUAUGAACAACCUGAGAAAUCAUCAGUUGGAUAUCUUCUAGAAGAUUCACAACGAGAAAUUGUGGCAGAUGCAGUUAAUGCGUUUGUCUUGUCAGUAAAUCCCAACCUAGAAGACCGAAAGAGUUGCUCGCAAUCGCAUCUUGAGAAGUUACUGAGGCAACUAACUGCUUGUUUCUUGGAGAGGAGGUCGUUAAACGGUGACCAAGGUGAAGCAUUCCAUAUCCGCAGAAUACUAGAAGCCUCAGUAAGAAGGGUUUGAUAUCAAAACUAGUGGUUUUACAACUCUUGUCUUGACGGCCCCAACUUCAGUUCAUAUAUCCAGAUGUUGGCAAGAGUCCAAAAGUGAAAGUUUGUGCAUGUCUAACAUCAGUAUAGAAGUCCUCUGUAAUAUAUGUCUUUUGGAUCUUCUACAUUGCUCAGGACAGUGUGUUUGUCUGUUCUCCAUGUUCAUGUUUGCAUCUCCGGAAUAUACGUGUAGACAGCCCCGCGGCUUAUUGUUAAUUACAGAUUCUUUGCACAUAAGUUCAUAAGAAUGUUGUUUUAUAAAGUAGCAAUUUACAGUUUC